UCUCCAUAGUAACAUAUAUCUAAACGGAACACAAUUCAUCUAAAAGUCGCUAUCGAUAAAUUUAAUGAUCUCAACAUCAUGUAUCAUUUUAUGAAAAUCAUAUCGAUCUCUAUAGUAAUUUUACUCAACUCGUGUCAGCUAACAAGCUCAACAUCUCUUGGCGACAACCAGGAAACUUCAUUCCUGAAGACAGCUGGUUAUGAUGGCAAAACAGAUUCUGGUAGGAUGAAAUGCUCAUUUUUGCUGAAUAGGGCAAAAGAGCUGAGCUUUCACACUGAACACAACCAGAUUGGUUUGGGCCUGCUAGCCAAGCUGUGCCAUGUUUCCAUCAAUAAAACUGACAGUGAUCUAGGAAAUGAAAGUGAUAGCUGUGACCACAACUUUGAAGAAUAUGAACAAGCAAUGGCAGAGCUCAAGCACCUCUGGAAUACCAGUCUGCCACCUUGGAUUAUCAAAGAACCUGUGUUGAAUGAGCCUGCCAAAACUGCUAUGGAAAUAACUCAAGAACUCUCUUUACGCGCAGCCAUAUAUGGUGUGUUGUUCCAGUCUGUUAAGGAUAAAAAGUUCUUCCAGAUGAUUGUUCUCCUAGACUCAAUCCCAAAAAUAAAUGCAUGGCCAUCACUGCUAAACUGGAUAGAUGUUAAAAAAGAUGAUUCAACAGGAUUAGCAUAUUUGGAGUGGAUUGUCAAAGGCUUGAUAGCUAUCGCCUUUAUCAAAGUUUUAUUACAAAUAAUAUUUUCCAGAAAUGCUGGUUUUCAGGUAUCUUUUAGCACUACCAUUGGUGCAGAUUCAUCUGAAGACUCAAGCGACGAAUCUGAUGAUAGCUCGUCUGAUGAGGAAGUUGAUGAGGACAAAUUUAUGGAAUAUAUGAAAGGACUGAAGAAAAGCUCAAGGCAAUGUUCAGAAUCUUUGUCUGGAAUUGAAAAUGCAUUACAGCGUUUGGAUGUAGCGAAGUAUCUUCCAGACAUAAAAGAGGCUCUGUGUGACAGCCUGCUCAAAUGUCUGCGGAGCAAAGACUUUUUUGUGCCGGAUCAAGCAGCUGGCUGUCUUUGCUUAGUUGCUGUCCAGCUGCGGUCAAAGUGUUCAGGUCUGUGUGACAAGAUUUACAGCGUGCUCCUCCCCCUGAUGCAAGAUGACACCACACACUACCGUACUCGUGGGGCGUGCGCCAUAACACUGGCCACCUGGUGUUUCCUGUGUUCAGAUGACCUGGAGAAAGUUAAAACAUUGAGUAAAGCCUUGGAGGAAAUCAUCUGCUUCGGCUAUAGGAAAGGGGAGGAUCGUCCCAGCCUAACAAUCACUCAGAGAAUUCUGAUUACCAAAGCCCUGAAUGCUUGGUGCCUUAUGUUGACAAUCUCCCCAAAGCCAAUGAUCCAGGCUCAUAUGACCAACCACUUGGAUUCUCUAAAGGAAUUGUGGAAGUAUUCAGAUGACGAUCUGCGCAUCACUGCUGGCGAGGCGAUCAUCCUGUUGUAUGACCUAACUGGAGGUUUGGAAAAUGAUGUGAAACAUGAAGAUGAAGCAACACUGGGGGAAAUGUUGCAUAAGAUGGCAUCUGAUGCAGUGAAACGUAGGGCAAAGAGAGAAUUCUUGGAUGGGGCACUCUUUUGGGCAAUUGAGCGCAAUGCUGUAUCCAUGAUCAUCUAUGCUGCCGCCUUCAAAGCCAGGACCAAAGCUCGUGCCAUUAAGGACAGCGCCAACCAGCCAGCCCAGAGUUUGCCAGAAGCAGUCAUUAGUUAGACUUUAAGUCUGAUUUCAAACAUCAUUUAGACAAUUGCUUCAACUUGUUCUGGCAUUUGUACUACAGCUUCUUCUUGGAUCUCUCCCGUAAAUCUCUAACCCAGUUGAGCACUAACAUGGUCAUUUUUUCUACUCUGUUGAUCUAUAUUGUAGAGAUCUCUUUUUCACAACUAAUGUAACUGUCAGAUAUGGUUUAUAACAUCAAAAAAAUCAUGCAAUAAAAAAUAGUUGA